AUGUUGGGCGCGUCCAAGGUGGCGCUCUUCUGCGUGAGCGCGAUGGCGCUGCUGCUCGGGGGCGUGGAUGCCUACUGCCCCAACGGAUGCAAUGCGCAGGGAACGUGCGGCAAGAAUGACAAGUGCACGUGCUACGAGCGGCAGGAUCAGGAGAAUAACGUGGCAGGAACUCUCAAGUACCCAGCGUUUAAGGGCGCCGACUGUUCGAUGCGAACGUGCCCCUACGGUGACGCGUGGGUCCAAGUGCCCACGGCAACGAACACGGCGCAUAGCUUGGUCGAGUGCUCCAACCGUGGCAUGUGCGACUACGGCACGGGACACUGCACGUGCUUCCCAGGUUACGAAGGCAAGGCGUGCGAGCGAACGGAGUGCCCCAACAAUUGUAACGACCACGGAAUCUGCCUCACUCUUGCGGCAAUCAUUGCCAACAACCCUUCUAGGACCUUACCCAGCGCCAACGUUAUUGGCGCAUACGCUGCUUGGGACGGCAUCAAGCACAUGGGCUGCUACUGCGACCAAGGCUACCGCGGGCCAGAUUGUUCUCUCAAGGAAUGCCCCAGCGGCGACGACGUGCUGCUUGCGUACGGCAAAACUCAGGGACGCGACUGCGGCGGCCGUGGCAAGUGCAACUACGAGUCGGGCGAGUGCGAGUGCUUCCCGGGCUACUACGGCACCUCCUGCUCGUACCAGACGACCGUCAACUAAGGCCAGCAGCAGACAGCCGGGAAACUUCGACUAUCAAGCGCAUCUGUAGCAGAGCUGUCACUGCAGCACUAACUCCUCGUCGAUUACUCCCUUUCACCCCCGUCAAUCCAUCUUCCCUCCAAAUCCAAAACAAACUCCAAACAACACAGCGGUUCGGUUCGGUAUAAAAG